UGAAGUGUCGAAACUUUGAAUAUUGUGCCUGCCCGUAGAAAGUGCAUUUAAUUUAAACUUUAACAUCCACAAAACAUAAGCCAUUGGCCAUGGAUCUGCAGGCCUAUCGACGCUGCAUUGGCCAGCAGCUGGAGGAGCUGGAGCUGCUCAGUUCCAUUUACUGCGCUGCUGGUGAACUGCAGCUGCUCGACGCUGGCGUCGUGGCCGAUUUCAAUGAGUUUCUGCAAACGGAGUCGCAGGUGCCGCUACGCUCCAAUUUGGAGUACAUCAUUCGGCUCAGCUUGCCAGCCAUGGAGUUUGUGGAUGUGCGCAUUGAGCUGCCGCAUUUGUAUCCGCAGCUGGAGCUGGCCAUGAUUAGCGUACAUACAACGCUGCUGGACAAGAUCAAGGAGCAGCAUCUAAAGCUGGAAAUCGCUAACUAUUUGAUGGAUCAGCGUGAAGCCGAGGAGCCCUAUAUAUAUCAGCUGCUCAGCUGGCUCCAAGAUCAGAUCGAAUCGCUGAUAUUGCGUCCGACCAGCGAACUAGAGGGCGAGCCGGCAGAGGCACAGCCCAAAACAGCACAGCUGGAGCGCCUUUGGAUUUACUCGCAUCACAUCAAGUCGAGCAUGAAACGGCAGGAGCUGAUACGGCAAGCACGUCAGCUGGAGCUGAGCGGCUUCAGCAGACCCGGCAAGCCGGGCAUAAUCUGCAUCGAGGGCGAGCCGGAGCAAGUGCAGGAAUACUGGCGAAGCAUCAAAGCCCUGCGCUGGCAAAAGAUCAGCCUGGUGCGAACCGAGACCUGCCGCAAGCGCCGCUUUGAGAACUUCACCGAGCAGCUGUUCAAUGUCGCCGAUGGCGAGGAGGGCGUCAUAAACAUGGGCCAGUUCAUCAAGUUCCUGGAGGCCCAUGGCACGGGCUAUAUGAAAUCUGAGUUGUUUGGUUUAGCCUGAGCUUUUCUGCGUCUUUUUCAAAUCGACUGUAAAUAAAA